AUGCGCCUCGUCAAGAACAAGAUCGAGCACGGUGGCUCGGGGACAGUCACACUAUGCCCCGAAGAGCCCGAAGACAUGUGGCACGCAUACAAUCUCAUCCGCCCCGGUGACCUCCUCCGUGCCAGCGCAAUCCGGCGCGUCACCAGCGUACAAGACACAGGUUCAACGUCCUCCACGCGCGUGCAUCUAACCCUCGAGAUCCGCGUCAAGAGCCUCGACUUCGACCCACAGAGCUCGCAGCUGCACGUAUCCGGGCAGAUCAUCAAUGAGACCGCACACACAAAGGUCGGACAGUUCCACACGCUGGACCUCGAAAUGAACCGCAACUUCACGCUAGAGAAAGAAGUUGGCGCGGAUGGUGAGGGCGUGGGCUGGGAUAGUAUUGCGGUCGAGAUGCUCAAGGAUGCGGUCGACGAGAGCGGGAAGAGGCGCGCGGAAGCGGUGGCAGUGGUGAUGCAGGAGGGUUUGGCGCACAUCUGCUUUAUUGGGCAGUUUCAGACGAUAUUGAAGCAGAAGGUUGAGAUGUCGGUGCCGCGGAAACGGCAAGGCGGCGGGGAUCAUGAUAAGGGAAUGGGCAAGUUCUUCAAGGUGACGCUGGAGACACUGCUGCGCCAGAUGGAGUUUAAUACGAGCAUCACGUCGGGGUCGAAUAAUGACGGCGUGCGGCCGGUGCUCCUUGCAUCGCCGGGGUUCGUAGCGGCGGGGUUCCACAAGUACAUUCAGUCCGAGGCAUCUACAACAACGCCAGGGUUGAAGCGAUUACUGCCGAGCAUUGUGGUUGUUCAUUCCGCAUCAGGCUAUCUCAACUCAUUAUCGGAAGUGCUUCAAUCCCCGGCAGUUAAGACGCUCCUGGCCGAUACAAAGUACGCCCGCGAGACUAGGCUGAUGGACGACUUCCUAGACCAGCUUCGGAAGGAGACGAACAAGGCCACGUACGGGCCUCGAGAGGUCGAAUCAGCGGUCGAUCAGGGUGCUGUUGGGCGCGGCGGUGGAGUCCUGAUCAUGUCGAACAAACUGUUCCGAUCACAAGAUGUUGGCGAACGGAAACGCUGGGUAGCGCUGGUUGACCGAGUUCGGGAUGUUGAAGGGGGCGAAGUUCGUAUUCUGAGCUCCGACCAUGAGAGUGGGAAGCGCCUGGAGGGACUGGGAGGAAUCGCGGCGCUUCUGACGUUCCCCAUAGUGGAGGACGACUUCGAGUCCGAGGAUGAAGCCUGA